UCUCCCCACCAGCAAUGACAGUGUCCUCACGCCCGUCUCCACCUCUCACCUCUCUCUAAAAUUGAAAAACCCGAAUAACCCAUCACCAUGACCCGACCCGUUUCCCUUCUCUACUUCCUCCCUCUCUUACUUCUCCUCCUCCUCUCUCUCUGCUAUCAUGUCCUCGCCGAUUCCCACUUCGAAGGAUUCGAAGCUGAAGAAGAAGACGACGUCGUCGAGGAAACAAUAGAUCCCAACGCUUUCAAACUACCCGAUCUCCCUUUAACUCUGUCCGAGUCACCGCCCAUAUCAACUCCAACUCCGGAUCCUAAAGAACCGGAUCCGAAACCCUCCAAACCCUCUCCCCCACCUUCAACGACCAACUUCGAGUUCUGGGACGAAGACGAAUUCGAAGGACUCCCUUCUCAUCAACCCCACAUCGAAUCCGUGGUAAUUACCGAGUCUGCCACUCCAGAUGCCACCGUCCAAACGCCGGAUCCAAAACCCACCACCGUUUCGAAAAAGAAGCAGUCCUUCUUGGUGGAGAUUGUGUGUGUGAGUUUCUUGAUUAUGUUUGUGAUAAAUUACUUCACUGGUAAAAGAGAGAAUGAGAACUUGGCGUUAUCUUGGGCGUCGAAAUUUGCGACGAAAGAUUCGAUUUUUGAGAAGAAUUUUAGUCUUUUAGGUGUGGGAGAAGGGGAUGAUUCCCCUUUAUUGUUGAAAGAAGGGCAGAAUGUGUUUAAAUUCUAUGCGAGUGGACGGAGGUAUUGUCAAGGGUUGUUGGCGACAAUGGAGUUGAAGAGUAGGCAUGAUUUGUUGUCCAGGAUAUAUAAUAUGGUGAUCCCAUGUAAGGAUGAGAUUAGUAUUGAGGUUUAUAUGAAUGAUGAUGCGAUGGAUCAUGUGGUUUUUGCGUUGGCGAGGAAGAAGAUGGCGAAAGCAAUGCAGAAGGAAUUGAGGGAUUUGCAGAGGUUUGCUGGGAGUGUUGUGCAGCCGCCUAAUGGGAGGAAAUGGGUGGCUGAGGAGUUGGCUGUUGUUUCUGAGUCUAAGGAAGUUGCUGGGGAUUUGAUCACUGAGGCCGUGCUUGAGCAGGUUUUUGGUGAGAAAUCAUUUGAGAAACAUGGCAAGGGCUUCAUCUCAAUGCAUGUCUCUGAUCAACUCCCUGGCACACAGAAGAAGAUGCUAUUGUUCAAAUUUGCUCUUCCUGAUGCCAAAAACAUGGCUGACAUGACCCGGCUGGUGGCUUUGGUACCCUAUUACAUUGAUCUAGUUGGGCGCUACAAGCUGAGUUCACAGGCUCGUUCUAAAACAGAGGCGGCCAGAGCGAAAGCUGCCCAAGAGGCAUACAAAGAACUUCAAGGUGCAAGACAAGAAGCUUUACAGAAAAAGAAGGCAGAGAGGAAAAAGAUGUUAGAGGAGGCCGAAGCAAAGCUCAGUGCAGAGGCAAUUCGCAAGAAAGAAGAAAAGGAGCGUGCUCGUCAGAUGAAGAAGGCAAUGCCAAAAGUAAAGAUGACCCGUGGUCACUAGCUCUCAUAUUUCCAUCAGUGAGCAAAACCUCUUAUUAAUUCUUCCCAGUCUUGCGAUAAUUUUAGUUGUGUUUCCAUGCCUUCCAUAGGUUUUUGGACUUUGUGCUCUCACGCAGUGUACUUUAGUUGUUCCAGUUAUAUUUUAGCUAGUAGUCUACAACACUACCCAUCUUUAAGGGUUUUGGAUGUACCGAAAUGCAACAUUUUGGAAACAUGAAAUUUUUUUCUUCGAUCACAGUAACCAAAACUUUAUAGUGCAA